GCGGCCUGUAAGACACUAGGAAAGCCAAGCUCGACGGCGCGGGCCCACGGCACGCGAUAUACGGCUGGACGUAGCGCGAGAACUGCCAUACGUAGUCCCUAUUUGUCGCACCGCUCCUCGCUGCAGUCCUCACGCGGCUAGGGUGAGCACAGCUGCCGAGCCCUGCUGCCCAAGCCCGCCGCGCGAGUCCGAGCGCGAGCCAUGUACGCCCUCACCCAAUGCGACGCGCUGAAGCGCCGCGACAAUAAUGUACUAGCAUUCUCACCAACGGCGCGCGCCAUAGAAGCCUACACGCCGCGCGGCCGCCUCCUCCUGCAGGACCGCAAGCCGCCCUGGGAGCACCUGACGCCGAAGCAGCUGGUUAUUAGUGCUUGCCAGGCCGUCGUCGUCACGGCGGCGCCGGCGUUCAUCGCCGCGACGCCCGCGUACGACCCCGAGGGCGACGACGACGACGAGCUGCUAGAUUGGGACCGACUCUAUAGCGAGCUCGAGGGCUUCCGCGAGAAGUGUGCCUUGACGUUUGCGAGGUACCUGGCGUGCACGACGCUGAAACGGCGAUUAGAGGCCUGGUGCGUCUCGCGGCUCGAUCCGCGGACGGCCGACCGGCUGUUGAAAGAUGUGGCUUUAUCGGCGAAGCGGAAAGCCUUGAGGCACGGUCGCAUGGGCGCAGCUAGACGCAUGUGCCUGACGGAGAUGCGGUCGAAAGCGUUGGGCUACGGCGCGAAUCUCAUCGUCGAGGAAUGCUGUUUGUGCUACGUCUACCUGCGCGACCGAAGGAGGGACAAAAACGCGUUGGUAAAGCUGCAGCGGGCGUCUUCCACGGCCUUCCUAGGCUUCGCGGCGUCCUUCUCUCUAUCAUGUCUCGGUUCUGGUCUGGGGACGCUGGCCAAGCCGGGCUGGGGGACCGUGGUCGGAGGGGCUGCCGGCGACCUCGCGGGGCUCUUCGUCUUCUAAUUUUAUGUAGUAGAA